AUUGUAUACCAGUGUGUGAUUAGGAAUCAAUUAAGUGUUACUGAAAUGGCGGGCUUAAGUGAAAACAAAUGUGAUUAUGAAAAAUUUAAUAGUAAUAUUAACAACAAACAUUUAACAAGUAAAGACAUAGGAACAGACUAUAAUUACAAAUAUGAAAUCGUGUGGCAAAAUAUCGUAUUUUUCUCAGUGUUACAUCUAUUGGGCUUUUGGGGAGUUUACAUAUUUUUUACUGGAGGAAUUUCCCUAAAAACAUACGUAUGGUUCGUUACCGUUAUGACAUUGCUUGGCUUCGGCAUAACAGCGGGAGCUCACAGACUUUUCACUCACAAAUGUUACAAGGCGAAGACACCUCUAAAAGCAUUACUCAUAGUAUUGCAGACCGCAUCAGGACAAAAUACCCUCUACACCUGGAUCCGUGAUCAUCGUCUCCACCACCGGUACUCAGACACGGAUGGUGACCCUCACAAUUCUAAAAGAGGCUUCUUCUUCUCUCAUAUUGGAUGGUUAUUGACCAAGAAACAUCCAUACAUAAAGGAACUGGGCAAAAGAAUCGAUAUGAGUGACAUAAAAGCUGAUAAACUCAUUACGCUUCAAAGAAAGUAUUAUUUCUACAUAUUCGUUGUCAGCUCUCUACUAAUACCUGUGGGAGUACCGUACUAUUUCUUCGGAGAGCCUUUCCUAACUUCGCUACUUGUAUGCUUUUUCGCGCGUUAUGUGGUCCAACUAAAUGGCACUUGGCUUGUCAACAGUGCUGCUCAUCUAUAUGGCACGAGGCCGUAUGACAAAAAACUUCAACCUGUUGAGUCAUGGUUCGUGUCUUUAUUCUCGUACGGUGAAGGUUGGCACAACUACCACCACGCCUUCCCUUGGGAUUAUAAAGCGGCUGAAUUGCCUUACUUUAUAAACCUAUCUACUGCGUUCAUAGAUUUCUUCGCUAAACUGGGCUUAGCUUACGAUCUAAAGACAGCGUCACAAGAAAUGGUCGUGAAUCGUAUCAAGAGCACAGGCGACGGUACCCACUUCGACCUCGGUAACGAUGAAGCCAAGUCCUCAGUGACAGCCACGGGUAUUGUCCACCCUCUGAACAUUACAUACAACGUCACAUACCCUCCUCCCAACACUGAACUUGAUGAAGAAGGAUUACCUCUAUGCGAGACAGAAGUGCUUCAACGAACAACGUUUAAGAGAAGAUCUGCUAAGGCCUAAACUUUACAGCUGUUUCUACGUUACUACGCUUUUAAUUGAACAAUGCUUGUAUUAUUGUGUAUGACUCUAUUCUAUAAUUAGGGAAUGAAUAAUUCUAUACCACAUUAAAAAUGCAUGUUUGAAAUGUAUAUGAAGUAAAUGAAAUAAGCAUAAGUCUCUGUGAUAUAGCUAAUUAUAAAUUAUAAUAUUAUGUUGUUGUAGAAUAAAACUUCACAUGACGCAAUUCUUCUAUUUACUACAGUUUUUGUAAAUAUCAUGCUAAUGUACUCUACUCCAUUUCUUCAAUCAAUUAUAUCCAUUAUAACCUGAACAACAUGUCAAGGAGUUAAAUAAAACAUUAAAUCAA